CCCACAAAGUAGCUACAACUGUCAUAACUUCCGGCUAGAGAGUCGUUUUAUUUCCGUGGAGCACAUGUUGUGGUGUUUUAUAGUACUAUAAGCUUACGAAGGAGUUCUAAUUACUUGAUUGUAAAAUGCCAAAAGUCAAAGCAGCAAAGAAAAGUAGACAACACCAGGAAGUGAAAACUCAAGGGAUUAUGUUCAACACUGGCAUUGGGCAACACAUUCUGAAGAAUCCCUUAGUGGUCAACAGCAUUAUCGAAAAGGCAACCCUUAGGCCAACAGAUGUGGUUCUGGAAGUUGGACCUGGUACCGGAAACAUGACAGUCAAACUGCUGGAGAAGGCAAAAAAGGUAGUUGCUUGUGAAGUAGAUACCAGACUUGUGGCUGAACUUCAGAAGAGAGUUCAAUGCACGCCUUUGCAGACGAAGCUCCAAAUCUUAGUCGGGGAUGUUCUGAAGACAGAUCUGCCCUUUUUUGACAUUUGCGUGGCUAAUUUGCCUUAUCAGAUAUCAUCACCAUUUGUAUUUAAGCUGUUGCUUCAUAGGCCAUUUUUCAGGUGUGCGGUGCUGAUGUUCCAGAGAGAGUUUGCCCUGCGCUUGGUGGCCACGCCUGGAGAUAAACUGUACUGCAGGCUGUCCAUUAACACGCAACUGCUGGCUCGUGUCGACCACCUCAUGAAGGUGGGGAAGAAUAACUUCCGGCCUCCACCCAAAGUUGAAUCGAGUGUAGUUAGAAUAGAGCCCAAGAAUCCUCCACCUUCCAUCAACUUCCAGGAAUGGGACGGUCUUGUCAGAAUUGCGUUUGUAAGAAAGAACAAAACGCUUAGUUCUGCAUUCAAGUCUUCUGCUGUUGAGCAGUUGUUGGAGAAGAACUACAGAAUUCACUGUUCUGUGCAUGGCAUUGAAAUCCCAGCAGAUUUCAGCAUCGGAAAGAAGAUUGAAUCUGUUCUUCAGGAGGCUGAUUUCAGGGAGAAGCGAGCUCGCUCCAUGGACAUCGAUGACUUUAUGGUGCUCCUCCAUGCUUUCAACUCUGCUGGGAUUCACUUCUCAUAGCAGGAUGUAAAGAGCUCCGUAAUCAUCCCUGAGAUGUGGACCUGUCUGUCAGUGUUGGCCGUUUGCAGUGGCAAGCACAUGCUUCAUGUGCAUGGCAAGAGCCUGAUUUCUGCAGAAGGACUUAUCGGCUGUGAUGUGUUCAGCGUGGUGUCACUUUGUAUAUUCAUUACAUUAGGAAUACAGACAUUAAUUCUCCUAGUCAUAUGUAUCCUAAUCAUCAUAUGGUGGCUUUUAAGGGGGAAAAAAGCUUGGGGCGUAUUAACUAUUGUAGAUUAAAACCAGAAAGUGCUAUUUUAAA